AUGGAAAGUGAUGACGAUAAUUUAUUUGUCUCUGGUUCAAAAGACGUAAAGAUUAAAACUGAACCAGGAGCUGAACUUACAUGGAAAAAACAAAAAGGAGAAAAUAUUUCUAAUACUAAUACCAAUGAACUAAGGGAUUUUAGAAAAAUCGAAAAAGCUCAUAGCGGUAACAUGAGCUUAUACAAGCAACCAUGCUCUCCAAAAAUUUCCAACAGUAUUACAAAAUCUACUAGUGAGACCUUAAAUACACUUUAUGAAGGCGACAGCGUGAUUGCACUUGAAGCAACGCCAGAGCUUGUACUAAGUGAUGAAAAUGAUGAUGAAGUAGUACAAGAAUAUCCAGUUUACUAUUCCACAGAAUUUUUGAAUAAACUUUAUUUACUUCAAUAUCCUACGCGUUCUGCUGCUCGUCCAUUAGUUGAUGCUUUAGGUACAGGAAUUCUUGACUCUCGAAUAAAACCAAAUUCUAAUGCAGUUGAGGUUGAUAUACCUGUUGAUGGAACCCAGUUUUAUGAUAAAGAAAAAGGUGACAAUUGGGGUGGAUUGGAUAAGCAAACAUUUGGCGGAAUUGCAAAACCUGUUAAUGGAUAUAUGAUUGGUGUUUUUAAAAAUAAUGAACUUCAUCUUAACCCUGUUCACGCGACUGCUCAACUUAGACCACAGUUUCAAUAUAUUUCACAGCCUCCAAAGCCUAUUGGUGAGAUAAGUGGUAUUUCGAUUAUAGACCAAGAGAAGAAUCACGAGAAAGAGAAAGAGAAAAUUAAAGGUCCGAAAGCUGUUCAACUUACUGCCAAAAUUGUAGGAGAUAACGCUCCUAGUUUUAGCGGUGCCUUGACUGCCAGAAAAAAGAUGGAGGAUGAGUCUUUUGUAGGGAUGGACUGGUAUGAUAGAGAUUCAAGAGAAUUAAUUUCUGUUUCCGAUAAGCUUGUCGCUAGUACUAAGGCAUCUCUAAUAUCAUUAACGACACAAGAGGAAUAUAUUCAAAAGAUAAGUUCACCCCAUUCAAAUGAAAUUAAAACUUCUCAAGAAAGUUUAUCAAAAAGCAAUGCAUCAGUUCCUUUAGGGCCUAAUAAAUCCAGAACUACAUUGAAAAUUGCAAAAUCUACAGCCAAACCCAAACAAUUAUUGAAGAAUUCAUCAUCUAAUAUAAAACCUUCAAAAAAAGGCAAAGAAAAAGAAAAAUAA